GAGCCUCUGGUGGAGAGUGAGGGCAUCUGGCAGCAGCUUCUCCCAAAGGACUCCAGCUCCAUGGCAAUGUACCUGCUCCUCCUAGCCCUUCUCCUGCUGCUGCCCUCACCUGCUCCUGCCCCCUGCUACACAGCUGCUCGCUCGGAAUGCAAGAAAAACCACAAGUUUGUGCCUGGUUCAUGGCUGGCUGGAGAAGGUAUAGACGUGACCACCCUCCUUCGCUCACGCGCCUUCCCAGUGGACACCCAGAAGUUCCAGCGACCUGACGGCACCUGCACACUCUGCAAAAAUGCCUUGCAGCAGAAUGCUGUGCAGCGCCUGCCUCUGGCGCUCACCCACUGGCGUGCUGAGGGCUCUGGCUGCCAGCACCAUGUGGCCAAGGCCAAGGUCAACUCCAUUGAGGGAGUGGCCCAAAAAGCGGCCGCCAACAUCCGCAAUAACUGGACGGUGGGACUGGACGUGAACCCCAAUCCCAGCAUCAACUUACAUGUGUCUGUGGCCGGCUCACACUCCAAGGUCACAGACUUUGCAGAGCAGAAGAAUCGCCAGGACCAGUACAGCUUCAACACUGACACUGUGGAGUGUCGCUUGUACAGUUUGCACCUGGUGCAGAGGCCCCCACUGCACCCCGAUUUCAAGAAGGCACUCAGCAGCCUGCCCCCCCACUUCAACGCCUCCACCGAACCUGACUACAAAAUGCUCAUCUCUACCUACGGCACUCACUUCAUCCAGUCCAUGGAGCUGGGUGGCCGCAUCUCAUCGCUCACAGCUCUGCGCAUCUGCAAGCUGACCCUGGACGGGCUCACAGUGGAUGAUGUGGGGGACUGCCUGGAGGUCGAGGCCCAGGUCAGCAUCACUGGCCAUGCCACCUCCUCAUCUGAAUUCAAGGCCUGUGAGGAAAAGAAGCAGAAACAGAAUAUGACUACCUCCUUCCACCAGGCCUACCACGAGCGCCACAACGAUGUGGUUGGUGGCCAUCAUGAUUCUAUGUAUGACCUGCUGUUUGGGAACCAGGCUGGGCCUGAGAAGUUCUCAGCCUGGGUGGCCUCAUUAUCCAGCAGCCCUGGCCUGGUUGACUACAGCCUGAAGCCUCUGCACAUGCUGGUGAAGAGGCAGGACCCGCGGCGGGAGGCACUGAGGCAGGCCCUGGGCAAGUACCUGAUGGGCAGGGCGCGCUGGAGGGACUGUAGCAGGCCCUGCCCGCCCGGACAACAGAAGAGCUCUAGGGACCCGUGCCAGUGUAUGUGUCACGACUCAGGGGCCACCAACCAGGACUGCUGUCCACGUCAGCGGGGCCUGGCUCGGCUUCAGGUGACUAUCAUCCAAGCAUGGGGUCUAUGGGGAGAUACAGUCACCGCUUCUGACGCCUACGUGAAGGUCUUCUUUGGUAAACAGAUGCUGAGGACCGAAGUCAUAUGGAACAAUAACAACCCCAAGUGGAAGACCCGGCUGGACUUUGGGGACGUGCUCCUGGCCACACGGGGGCCCCUGCGGGUGCAGGUCUGGGAUGCGGAUCAUGGCUGGGAUGACGACCUGCUUGGCUCUUGUGACCGGUCUCCAAAGUCUGGCUCCCAUGAAGAGAACUGCCACCUGAACCACGGUCACCUGCAAUUCCUCUACCAUGUCACCUGCUUGCCCCACCUGGCUGGGGGAACCUGCCUGGAGUAUGCCCCCCGUGGGCUUCUGAGGGAGCCUCCAGGAAACCGCAGUGGGGCUGUGUGGUGAGAACAGAGAGUUGUGAGAGGGCCUAGGCUCUGACUCCAGGGUUUGCACAGCACACGCAGGGACUGUCUUCACAUUCCCAUUACACAGGUAGAAACUGAGGCUCAGACAUCUUUCACGGAUGUAACUGAGUUCACAGACCAACCCCGAGCCUCCCUGUCCAAACUCCUCACCCUACCACAUCCUCGAGUUUGCUGGUUACACUGCCCAGACCACAGCCUCAGCUGGGAGCCAGGCAGACAGCCUAGAGAGAAAGAGCUGCUUAGAGCUCAUUUUUCAGACCCUUCCACUUGCAGCUGUCUUUGGUGUGGCGAGUUCUUCAUUGUAUCAGAUCUAACCCCUCUGCUCCAGUGGCUCUUUGUCUUCCUUUUGUCCCCUAUGUUGCCUUGCAGACAAAUCACAUACAACUUGAUAGAAGGUUAAUAAAUGUAAGUGACCAUCAUGGCGGUGUGGUGGCAGAAGAGACAACAGGGACCCUCUCCUUCACUCCUGGAGAUAAACUUUUAUAUCAGCAACCCAGGUAAAAAUGGGCAGACAGAUAAUAUAAGUAAAGUACUUUUCUAUUUUUCCUGGAAAUGAGGAGACCCCACACAUUUUACUUUCAUCCUAUUGCUAGCCUGAGAAAUCACAGCAGAAAUCUGGUGAUAAGUGACAACAGGCAUUCUGUUCCCAGCUGGAAGGCAAUGAGGAAUGGUGGGGACUGUGGUGAACAGAAGAGCGUGUGUCUUUUCCUGGGGUGAAGCCUAGCUAGAGCUCUAUUCUGGUCAAACAUUCCCCCAGCAGGGAAGUGAGCCUGGUGGACUGCCAGGUCUUUUCAUUUCUUAUAGUAACCAAAACCCUACGUCGAUCUCUAACUGUGGCAGUUCAUUUCAGUUUGUGAAAAUAAACUUAUGUGGGCAAACAUGGCACAAGCCAAAGAGAACAUGAAUGCAGGCCAGAAUGACCAGGGCUGUCAGUUUGAAAUCUCUAGUUCCAAAAGAACCCACCUGCACGGCUGGAAAGCUCUGCCCCACCUCACAACUCAGGGUUUUAAAAAAAAAAAAAAAAAAAGUGGCCUC